CAAAUUGCCGACUGGGAUUGAAUCUUCUCAACCAAGUCAAACCAAAACUGUUUAUUUUAUUUUGAGUUUCCCAAUUCAGCUCAAGGGUUUCGGCGCUAUUUUUCGAAUUGAGAAACCUUUCCAUCAUAAUGGAUGAUUUUACCGAAGAAUUAGAGCCCUUGUUCGAUUACAGGCGUAUUCAACCACACAAUUUCGUUUGCCUCGAUGACGAUGAUGAGUUGAGUCCCUGUCCAGCUUCUCCAAAAAGGAGGAAAGUUGAGGUUGAGAAGGUGGUGAGAAAUGGGAAAGUAGUUGAUAUACUUGAUAGUGAAGAAAAGGAAAAUGAGGACUGGCUUCCGCCUCCACCCAAAAUUUCUCGCAAUGCUAGGAUUCUUGCUGAGAAUUCCACCAUUAAAGAGUUGAGAUUAAAGAAUAAAGAGCUAGUAUCAUUUGCUCAAUCAACCCAAGAUGUACUGAAAGCUAUAGAAGAGUCUGCUAAGCAAGAGCUCAGUAAAUCAUUGCAGCUUUCUUUGGAUGCUGCUGCUGAAGAUAACCCAAAGCCACCUUCAAAACCAUGUGCUGAAAGAGCUAAAAUAGUUAUUUCUAUCCAGGACAAAGAUGGACUAAAGCAAUUUCGUAUAUACAUGGAUGAUAAGUUUGAGAGGCUAUUCAAAUUAUAUGCCGAUAAAGUUAAGCUUGACAGACAGACUCUAGCAUUUCGUUUUGACGGUGAUACAGUAGGUCCAGAAUCAACUCCUGCAGCUUUGGGAAUGGAGGAUGAUGACCUUAUUGAAGUUCAUGUUAAGUCAACCCGAUAAGGUUUAGAGGACAUAAGCUAUGGUUUUCGAAAGGCCAGAAUGCACUCGGUGUUGAAUCCUUUUUUCGGGUUAUGACAACUAUUGACUCGUUGUUUUUCUUCUUCUUCAUUUUGGGGGGUUUAGAUAUAUUAUGGCCAUAAGUGUACAGCUUCUUUUUAAUUUCUCUAUAGAACACUUUAUUCUCUUUAGAACUUUGCUUUGGAUAAAUGGUAUUCUGGCAAUUUUGACAAGUCAUAUGUACUAAUGAUGAUUAUUGACUUAUCUUUAUCAAUGUUUCCUUAAACAACAUCAUAACAAUAUAAAUGCAAAAGAUGGAAGUUUUCAUUUUUAA